AUGCUAAAUACGAGUAAAUUGAUAGCGGAAAUAGAUGAAUUGGGAACAACAGCUGGCGUUGUCUCGAAGCAAAAGAGGAAUAAAAAGGCUAAGCUAAGAAGAGCCAAUAAAGCAUACCAUUUGAGAGUGAAUGCAACUAAUUCGAGAAAUGGUAGCCAAAUCGCAGAAGAUGCCCUUAUCUCAUCUCGUAUAGAAAAUACUCUCGCCGAUGAUGACUUUUUCACUCAUGUAAAACCAUUCCAAAAGUGCUAUUCUCCAAGACCAACAACAAAAUCUAUGCCAACAACAGACAAUACGCUAAGUAACUGUGGCCGAACUGACUUGGUAGACGAGGCAAUUUUAGGCGCCAUGGCGUCCUCACAAAAAGGGCAUUCAGAGCCAGAAAAACACAAAAAGGACUACGAUGAGGCGGCAUCAUCAACAGUUGAAAACUUUGAAGAUGAAAAGCUAAGCUACGAAAUAGUCGACCUAGAUGAGUUCAUGAAUAUUACGCCCAUGGAUAAAUAUAAACCUACAGAGGAAUGCGUAUCUGAACAAAAUACGUCCCCAGUUUUGUUCUCCUCUUUAAUAUCAACAACCGAAUCUUAUUCAUGCUGCCUUUCAGUUAGCCAGAUGGAGAAUACAAUUAGUGAAUCAAGUGAUCUCAGAGUGUUGCAUAAGGAAUAUAUGCCCGAAAGUCCAUGCAAUGUGGACACAACUUUAGCAUACACGCUGAAAGAACCAGCUCCUGUAACGUUUGGCAAUGACUUGGGCAAUGGAGAUCAUCCUGUUGAAAAAAUGAAAAAAGAUAGUAAAAAGAGAGUCAAUCGGUUCCGUCAGAACUUGAUGGACCUUUUUGCAAUCUGCACCAAUAAGGAGACGAUCGCAAGCAUGCCACCUUUAAAUGUCAUCACGCAGACAUCUCCGAUCGUCUUUUCUUGCGAAGAUAGAACCAAGAGUCUUCUACCACCAGUUAACACCAAAUUUGUUAGCGGGGAUAACUCAAGCAGGAAGGAAGAGGGGACAGCAAGAAGAUUCUCGGAAGUGAAAAGGCCGACCAGCAGAAUAAACAUCUGCCGAAGCAACAGGGAGAGGUACCGAAGGCACCUUGAGCCAUCCUGCAACCUUGUCAAAUUUCUGUCCACUGUGAUCACGAAAGAUAAUACUAGCGUAAAGCGGAUAGAAGUUAACUUGGAGCAGCUGCAGCAAAAUGUGGCCGAAAUGCGAAACUCUUUAACCGAAGUUCAAGUAAAGAUGGAAAAACAAAUAAAUCUACUUGUGGAAAAAUCAGAAAGAGAGAAAGAGAUUGAUCGACAAAAAGAGUUAGAAACCAAGAAGAUGCAGUGUUCUGGAGAGAGACUGAGCAGCAAAAAUCAACCAAGGGAAAUUAAUCCAAUAAUGGAGACUUCGUGGCCUCUGGAUGAGUACCAGUUGGUAGACGUGGAUAAGAAAAAAAAUAUUAGAAUGAAAGGGACAGAGGUAGGACAAGGGGAGUCGGAUGGUUUUUCGGCAAGAACGAAAGGCUCAUUAGCCUAUAGACAGAAAGCAAGGAUAUGGCAGGACCAAGGAGACAAUACAUCUCCGUACGUCGCAAGAUUUCUACGCGACAUCCAGGAGGAGAGUAGAUUUCGGGAACAAGAGUUGCUAAAAGUAAAACGUCGACUAGCCUCCCAGGAGCAAAGUUGGCAGGGAACUAAGUCACAAUUUCCCUUUCCGGGAGCCGGGCUUAAAACAAACCCACGACAGAAUCUCAUAGUGAGACCUUGUAUGUUGGCUCACUCGCAACUGCGUCCAAUAAACUUAAUGUCAAGUAGUCGUCGACCGGGUACUGGCGAAGGUCGAAUAGGCACCAGUGAGAGUCGACGCUCAGCUAAUCUGCGCUCCGCUGUAGAACAAAGCUUGCCAAGAAAGAUAGAGAGAUUGGAGAAAAUUUCCAAGUGUAUGGUAGACCGGUCAGUAGGUCUUCGAGUACGACAAGCGAGUCAAGAGGGCCUCAAAAAGCGAGUGAAACGAGAAAGGAACAAUAGAUCCGAAUUAAUAAAUCAGAUUGGUGAACAGACAAAUAACAAUGCUUCCAAGGAUCAUUCAUCAAGCCUAAUUAAUAUAAAAGAGAAGGAAGUAGGAAGUUUGGGGGCCAUAAGGGAACAGAAGAGCUUUCAUUUUAUUUCAUCAGCCUUCCCACCAAGCUUCGUCACCAAUGGAAUUCGUUUUACGGGUCCAGAAGAAAAGGAAGCAUCACAACAGAGAGAAUACACUUUGCCUGGAGAAUUAGAAAGGGAGAUGUUGUCUAGUAGUGAAAAGCUACUCAGGAGAAGAGAAAUGGUGAGAAAAGCCAGGCAAGAAAGGCUGGCUAAGGAAAUUGGGGAAAAGCAUGACAAAUCAGAGAAUACGAAUGAAGACAGUAUUAAGACAGGCGAGCACAAAUCAGCUGAAGCAAAAGGGCCAGAUUAUGAUACGAAAGAGGAAAUAAAGCCCCAAAGUAAUUGUCGUAAAGAGACAAUUAAAAGCGAAAUACAACAUUAUGAAGAUAAUAUGAAUAAAACGACCGACUUAGAAAAAAUCAAAGGGACUAGCAACAUGCAAUAUGUUAGCUACAAAGAACGAAGAAAACAAGCUUUGAUUGCUAAGGCAGAAGAAGAAACAAAAAAACUGCUAGAGCUGACUGUUAAAGUUGCGGCUGAGCGCAGAGAGAUGAAAAGAAAAUGCAAAAGUAAUAGGCCCAUACAUGACUCUUCACUGGUGGAGAAAACUUUUUUUGAUGAACCAGGCAGUAAGGAAGGUGAAAACCAAGAUGAAUGCAAAAAGAGUUUUGCCUAUCCAAGUUCCAGUAUCGAAAUAAAAAACCAAGACAGAGGACUAUCUCAAAUUGCUCAAGACAAGAGUAACGGACAAAAGAGUGAUGAAGGGCCACUGCGCUUCAGUGAACCCAAUAAUCAAAUUAAAAGAGAUAGUUCAAUCAAAGAAACAAACAUUGAACAUCAUAUAGAUAAAAGUACAUCGACCAUUUUUAUGUAUACGAAAAAUACUGAAGAACUAGAAUCGGAUAAAGGAACAGACGAGAGGGCAGGAAAAUCGGAAAGACAGACCCUUUCAAUAAGUACUUCAACCGAAGCCGAUAAUGCGCAUGCACAAUUCCAUCAGUUUGGGAUGAUAAAUGGUCCCCACUUAGGACCUUACCCCCAUUCGUGCCCACUAGCAUUUUAUUACCCAUAUGUUCCUAAGCCCGGAUACUGUCCAACUAUAUGUUUUCCCUCCAUGCACCAUAAACCGCCAUCCUGUUUUAUGGGCUAUAAAGAAUGCGCGAAAGUACGUAGUAGGACGCAAAGAAACAAAUGCCAAUAUUGUGCCAGAAGGGAUUUCAUGAAAAAUUUAAGCCAUGUCUGCAAUGAUAUCUACAGCUCAGAAUCAGACUCGGAUAAUAUCAUGGACCUAAACAAAGGACUUCAUUAUAUGAAAAGAAUGAAUAACAAAUACUAUAAUAACAAAAGACAAACAAUUAGAGCAAAUAAAUUUGCUUACGCGACCCCAUUCGGAUUCCAAGGUUAUGACACUAGUUGUGAUGAAAAAAGCUCAAGUGAAUACCUGACAAGCUCAGGCCGGAGCACAAAUACGAGUUCGGAAUCAGAAUUGGAACGUUAG